GCGCCGCCUGUGUCAUCCGCCAUCUUGUGCGAAGCAAGGUGGCCUCCACGUUCCCAGCGCGUCUUCUCCGCUUCUGCCUCGACCGCCCUUUGGUCCCAGACAUGUCUCGGGAUCGGUUCCGGAGCCGCGGCGGCGGCGGCGGCGGCUUCCACCGACGCGGAGGCGGCGGGGGCCGCGGCGGCCUCCACGACUUCCGCUCCCCGCCGCCGGGUAUGGGCCUCAAUCAGAACCGCGGACCCAUGGGGCCCGGCCCGGGCCAGGGCGGCCCCAAGCCACCCAUCCCACCGCCGCCUCCGCAUCAGCAGCAGCAGCAGCCGCCGCCGCAGCAGCCGCCGCCACAGCAGCCGCCGCCGCUUCAGCCCCCGCCGCAUCAACAGCCGCAUCCGCAGCCGCCGCCGCCACAGGACUCAUCCAAGCCCGGGGUUCCUCAGGGGCCCGGCCCGGCUCCCGGCGUAGGCAGCGCGCCUCCGGCGUCCGGCUCGGCGCCGCCCGCCACUCCGCCGACCUCUGGGGCCCCCACGGGCCCAGGCCCCACCCCGACUCCGCCGCCCGCCGUCACCUCGGCGCCCCCGGUGCCGCCGCCAGCGCCGCCGAGCAGCGGCGUCCCCACCACACCUCCCCAGGCCGGGGGUCCACCGCCUCCCCCCGCCGGCGGCCCGGGGCCCGGGCCUAAGCAGGGCCCAGGGCCCGGCGGCCCCAAAGGCGGCAAGAUGCCAGGCGGGCCGAAGCCCGGCGGCGGCCCGGGCCUGGGCGCCCCCGGCGGCCACCCCAAGCCGCCGCACCGAGGCGGCGGGGAGCCCCGCGGGGGCCGCCAGCACCACCCGCCCUACCACCAGCAGCACCACCAGGGGCCCCCGCCCGGCGGCCCCGGCGGACGCAGCGAGGAGAAGAUCUCCGACUCGGAGGGGUUUAAAGCCAACUUGUCUCUCUUGAGGAGGCCUGGAGAGAAAACGUACACUCAGCGUUGCCGGUUGUUUGUUGGGAAUCUCCCUGCUGAUAUCACAGAGGAUGAAUUCAAAAGACUAUUUGCUAAAUAUGGAGAGCCAGGAGAAGUUUUUAUCAACAAAGGCAAAGGAUUCGGAUUUAUUAAGCUUGAAUCCAGAGCUUUGGCUGAAAUUGCCAAAGCUGAACUUGAUGAUACACCUAUGAGAGGUAGACAGCUUCGAGUUCGGUUUGCCACACAUGCUGCUGCUCUCUCUGUUCGAAAUCUUUCACCUUACGUUUCCAAUGAACUGUUGGAAGAAGCCUUUAGCCAGUUUGGUCCUAUUGAAAGGGCUGUUGUAAUUGUGGAUGAUCGUGGAAGAUCUACAGGGAAAGGCAUUGUUGAAUUUGCUUCUAAACCAGCGGCAAGAAAAGCAUUUGAAAGAUGCAGUGAAGGUGUUUUCUUACUGACAACAACUCCCCGUCCAGUCAUUGUGGAACCACUUGAACAGUUAGAUGAUGAAGAUGGUCUUCCUGAAAAACUUGCACAGAAGAAUCCAAUGUAUCAAAAGGAGAGAGAAACCCCUCCUCGUUUUGCUCAGCAUGGCACAUUUGAGUAUGAAUAUUCACAGAGGUGGAAAUCCUUGGAUGAAAUGGAAAAACAGCAAAGGGAACAAGUUGAAAAAAAUAUGAAAGAUGCAAAAGACAAAUUGGAAAGUGAAAUGGAAGAUGCCUACCAUGAGCAUCAGGCAAAUCUUUUGCGUCAAGAUCUGAUGAGACGCCAGGAAGAAUUAAGGCGUAUGGAAGAACUUCACAAUCAAGAAAUGCAGAAACGUAAAGAAAUGCAAUUAAGACAAGAGGAGGAACGACGCAGAAGGGAAGAAGAAAUGAUGAUCCGUCAACGUGAGAUGGAAGAACAAAUGAGACGUCAGAGAGAGGAAAGUUACAGCCGGAUGGGCUACAUGGAUCCUAGAGAAAGAGACAUGAGAAUGGGUGGUGGAGGAGCAAUGAACAUGGGAGAUCCUUAUGGUUCAGGAGGCCAGAAAUUUCCACCGCUAGGUGGUGGUGGUGGCAUAGGUUAUGAAGCUAAUCCUGGAGUUCCACCAGCAACCAUGAGUGGUUCCAUGAUGGGAAGCGACAUGCGUACUGAGCGCUUUGGGCAGGGAGGUGCGGGACCUGUGGGUGGACAGGGUCCUAGGGGAAUGGGGCCUGGAACUCCAGCAGGAUAUGGUAGAGGGAGAGAAGAGUAUGAAGGCCCAAACAAAAAACCCCGAUUUUAGAUGUGAUAUCUAGGCUUUCAUUCCAGUUUGUUUUUGUCUUUUCUUGUUUAGAUACCAAUCUUUUAAAUUCUUGCAUUUUAGUAAGAAAGCUACCUUUUUAUGGAUGUUAGCAGUUUAUCGACCUACUAUUUGUAAAUGGUCUGUUCGGGGCAGGUAAAAUUAUGUAAUGCAGUGUUUGAAAUGGGAAUUUUUUUUCCUUUUUAUUUCCUUUUUUUUUUUUAAACUGUAUAAUGUCCCUCAAGUUAUGGCAGUGUACCUUGUGCCACUGAAUUUCCAAAGUGUACCAAUUUUUUUUUUACUGUGCUUCAAAUAAAUAGAAAAAAUAGAUAUUGAUCUUCAA